AAUCUGGACGCUAGAGGAAAUUAAGUACGGGAACUACGCGAAGACACGACAGUGGUUCUGUUCUCCCCCCCCGCCCCCCCCGGCCUCACGGAGAUGUAGCCCGGUUCCAUGCAGUAAAAGGGACGGCGGCGGAGCGGUGUUAGGCGGGUGCCUUCAAAGUGAGCGAAGUGACGACAGACGGAGAGUGAUUCCCAUGUCGGUCGCCACUUAACAAAACGCCACCUUGGACUUGUUUACGGCUGGAAUGUCGCUGUGAACCACCUGUUAAUUUCGCUUUGCCGGUUUUUGUUAUUUUUCAAACCUGGGACUGUCCCGUCUUGGCAAUCUGUUGCAUUCUCUCGAACCUGUCUGUUUAUUCCAUUCACCCGCACCACCGCCGCGAUGUUUCACUGUAUCCCCCUGUGGCGGUGCAACCGUCAUGUGGAGCUGAUCGAUAGACGCCACUGUUCGCUGCUCUUUGUGCCAGAUGAAAUUUACCGCUACGGACGCAGUUUGGAGGAGCUCUUAUUGGACGCCAACCAACUUCGAGACUUGCCCAAGCCAUUUUUUCAGCUGGUGAAGCUAAGAAAACUCAGCCUGAGUGAUAAUGAGAUCCAGAGAAUUCCUCCAGAAAUAGCAAACUUCAUGCAACUGGUAGAGCUGGAUGUAUCGCGAAAUGAUAUUAUGGAAAUCCCAGAGACCAUUUCACAUUGCAAAGCCCUCCAAGUGGCAGAUUUUAGUGGGAAUCCAUUAACAAGGCUACCUGAAAGCUUUCCAGAGCUCCGGAAUCUAACAUGCCUUUCCAUCAAUGACAUCUCAUUGCAAGUCCUACCAGAUAACAUUGGAAACCUCUCCAAUUUGGUAGCUCUAGAACUUAGAGAAAAUCUGUUGACAUUCCUCCCAGAUUCACUGUCCUUGCUCCACAGACUGGAAGAACUUGACUUGGGGAAUAAUGAAUUAUAUAGUUUGCCAGACACAAUAGGUUGUCUUGUCAGUUUAAAGGAUUUGUGGCUGGAUGGAAACCAGUUGGCCGAAAUACCUGCGGAGAUGGGCAGCAUGAAGAGCCUAUUAUGUUUGGAUGUGUCUGAAAACAAACUGGAGCGACUUCCAAUGGAGCUGGGAGGCCUGUUGGCACUCACUGACUUGCUGGUGUCGCAGAACCUCAUUGAUGCUCUACCAGAAACCAUUGGAAAACUACACUAUCUAUCUAUCCUGAAAGCCGAUCAGAAUAGGCUGACUUACUUGCCGGAGAGCAUUGGCAACUGUGAAAGUCUUACUGAACUUGUGCUUACAGAAAAUCAAAUACAGAGCUUACCAAGAAGCGUAGGGAAAUUGAAGCGGCUUUCCAACUUCAACUGUGACCGAAACCUGCUAACGUCAUUGCCCAAAGAGAUUGGAGGCUGCAGUGGGCUGAAUGUGUUCUGUGUGCGAGAGAACCGACUGACGAGGAUACCAUCGGAGCUGUCGCAAGCCACGGAGCUGCACGUGCUUGAUGUUUCGGGAAAUAGGCUUGCCCACUUACCCAUGUCUCUGACCACGCUUCGCCUGAAGGCUUUAUGGUUGUCGGAAAACCAGUCGCAGCCCCUCCUCACCUUUCAGACCGACGAGGACCCUGAUUUGGGGGAGAAGGUUCUGACCUGUGUGCUGCUGCCCCAACAGCCCUUUGACUCUGACAACAAAGGCUCUGAUAAUCUCGCCCGCUUCGGAGCUCUAGAGAGCCUGGUGAAUGACAUGGCAGAUGACACGUGGGACAACAAAGCCAUGAACAGGAUUAGCGCCAUUCACUUCCUGGAUGAUGACGAGGAGGAAGAUGAUGAAAAGGGAACGCUACUGCGCCGCGCCACUCCCCACCCGGGCGAGCUGAAAACGAUGAAGAAAGCAGCAGAGAACCUCCGCAUUGACCUGAAUGCCGCCAAAGCCCUGGACUCAAACAAGAACGAGCAGCAGGUGGUGUCUUCUGAUCCACUCCAGGAGAGUAGAACCCAUCAAACAGCCACAUCCCAGAAGACCAGCUGGCAAAACAGGGCCAUUUCUGGCAUUGGCAAUGCAGCAAAGGUGUGUCUGGAUGGGGGUGUCCACCUCCUCCCAGGCACUGAAAGUGUGUGCGGUCACCAAGCAAAGAAAAGGGAACAACCAGCCCAGCAGGAUGCUGCGAGUCAGCUGACGUUGAGUGAUAGCUCCCCACGUCGAUAUCGGCAUCACAGAAAUGGUACUCGAGAGGGACGGAAAUUUCAGCCGCACGGAGCUGUCAAUGCUGGAUGCGGUCUCCAUGGAGACCCUGCCCACGGUUCAAAGAUCCCCUCCAUCGCCAGGCAUCUGAAGCCUGCUUUGCAGACACCUCCUCAUCAAUCGCUCACCUCACAAGUGCCAUUAGGGUUACAGAUCAAAGUAUCUGGCCAGAGGGACGGUCUCGGUAUAAGCAUAGCUGGUGGGAAAGGUUCUUUGCCUUACAAAGACCAUGAUGAGGGUAUUUUUAUUUCCAGAGUCACAAAAGGGGGGGCCUCGGAAAAAGCAGGGGUCCAUGUUGGAGACAGAUUACUGGAGGUCAACAGUCUCAGCAUGCAGGGAGCGACCCACCUGGAGGCUGUCCGGGCCUUGAGGAAUGCUGGGAGCUGCAUUAAGAUGAGAGUUCUGCGGGAAGGCCCGCACGUGAGGCAGCGGGUCAGCCAGUCGAACGACGCUCGGGAUGCUGAGGAUGCUGCGAGCCGGCGACCCUGCAGCCAUGACGACGCCAAAGGCCCAAGGAGCAUAUCGCAGAAGGGCGCGGAGGGCACGGAAAACUAUGUGACCAAGAAGAUGGAUUUGGUGCUGUGCAACAGCAAUGGCAUUGCUGAUUUCAAGAGUGACCUGAGGAGGUCUCAGUUGGAGGCAGUGGCCUUGAUCAAAGGAAAUGAUUUGAUGCAUGUGGACAAAAACACAAUGAAAAUCCCACGGAUCAUUCUCACUCAUCCCUCUACGUCUGAUGAGGAUGUGGAGUUCUUGCCACAAGCUCCCAGGAGAGAGACGCAUCGCGACUCAGACAUUCCCGAGAGUCGUUUCCCUUUGGAAUGUUUUGACUGUGCGUUUUAUCCACCUUGAACGCAUCUCCACGUAAAACCACUGAGGGGACGUUUGAAACCAAACAAUGGCAAAUGUUUGUUACCAAUGCAGAAGGUUUCUUUUUCUUUCUUUUUUAUUUUUAAAAAAAUUCUUUUUAAAUUUCAAUUGCUGUCAUAUUAUGGGGCAUUAGUCAUUUUCAAGUACUGUCUGAUUUAUCUUUGGAAACACUGUUUUAUAAACUUGUACAAUUCCACAGACUGCAUAUAGCUCCAAAUGUUAAAUACAGCCUACUUCCAACCACCAUGCUAUAUGGUAUUAAUGAUGCUGUUAAUGUUAAUGGACACAGAAAAAGAAACACCUCAUGGAUAAAACAAAUGCACAGCUGGCAGACUGAUUUUUCACACUGUGACUGUUUCAUCACAAUGAAGAGAAAAUUAUGCUUCCACAAGUAUAUUCACAGUCUGUGCCAUGUGUUAUUCCACAGUUCAUUAUUAUUCCAAUAAAGUCUCAGG